AUGAACAGAGCUUUGGAACUUAUUAUCUCUAUCCUGCAGCAAUGCAAUGGAGGCGGGCAAGUCGACGUCGUCGUCCUGCAACGCGUACCGGCGGAAGCUGUCGCCGAGCAUGCAGUCGCGGCGCAGCUGCGCGGGGGAGCCCCAGCUGGCGGCGAGGAGCGCGCCGUAGAGCGACGCCUCGCAGUGCGGCAUGUAGGAGAACGUGGGCCCCUCCGCGCGCUCGGCGGCGGAGAGAACGGGGUCGAAGAGGUCCGCGGGGGCAGCGUCCGGGAGGAGGUCGCGGCGCAGGAGCGCGAGCUGGAGGCGCACGGCGGGGGAGGACUCGAAGCUGCCGACGCCGAGGAGGGAGAGGUGGGUGGGGCCGAGGCGGCGUCAUAUUGGGGAUUGCAGGAGGAGGAGGCGGCGGCGGUACCGCGAUAG